AUGAAAGAAAUUUUGUCAAAGAAAAAGAAGUUAGAGGAUUAUGAGAAAGUUGCACUUAUUGAAGAGUGCAGCAUGAUACUUCAGAAGAAAUUACCUCCAAAGCUUAAAGAUCCUGGUAGUUUCAAUAUCCCAUGCUCAAUAGGGGGUUUAGUAGAAACAAAUGCUUUAUGUGAUUUAGGGGCCAAUGUGAAUCUAAUGCCUCUAUCCAUCAUUCGAAAGCUGAAUUUGGGAGAAGCUCGACCAACUACUGUGUCUUUGCAGACGGCAGAUAGAUCAGUUAAUUAUCCUUGUGCAGUGAUUGAGGAUGUAUUGGGAAAAGUGGAGAAAUUGGGUAAAAAAAAUGGCAAUUUUAGAAAAAGGGGACAAGGGGACAUUGAUGCCUUUGUUGGGCUCAAGAAGAAACAACAAAAGGUGGCUUGGUGGCUGAUGGAAAAGGUGGGCUGA